GAUGUGGUGGAGGGCGGUGGCCAGGGCUCGCCGGCGGAUCGCGGGGACGCGGCCGGCGUCCACGGCGGCGGGGGCGGGGGCGGGGGCGGAGAGGAUCAGCCGCGCCGUGGUCGUGCCGCGGUUCGGCGGGCCCGAGGUGCUGGAGCUGAGGCAGGGGGUGCCCGUCCCCGAUCUGAAGCCCGGGGAGGUGCUCGUGCGCGCGCGCGCCGUCUCCAUCAACCCCCUCGACCUGCGAAUGCGUUCUGGUUAUGGCCGCUGCAUAUUCGAGCCACUCCUACCUCUGAUCAUUGGCCGGGACAUCAGUGGAGAAGUUGCAGCUACAGGGACCUCGGUGUCGUCAUUUUCCAUUGGGCAGGAAGUGUAUGGUGCAUUGCAUCCAACAGCUAUCAGAGGGACAUGCGCUGAUUAUGCGAUUCUUUCGCAGGAUGAGAUUACUCCUAAACCAUCUACGCUCACCCACGUGGAGGCUAGUGCAAUUCCGUUUGCUGCGUUGACUGCAUGGCGUGCUUUACAUGGUACUGCUGGAAUUUCUGAAGGACAAAGAGUGCUUGUGAUUGGCGGAGGAGGAGCGGUUGGGCUAUCGGCUGUUCAGCUUGCAGUAGCAGCAGGGUGUAGUGUUUCUGCUACCUGUGGAGCCCAAAGUAUUGAGCAAGUUUUGGCGGCUGGUGCUGAAAAAGCUAUUGAUUACACCACUGAGGAUACUGAAUCAGCAGUUACCGGAAAGUUUGAUGCUGUGUUAGAUACUAUAGGAGUACCUGAAACUGAAAGAAGCGGCAUUAAUCUUCUGAGGAGAGGUGGACAUUAUAUGACCCUUCAGGGAGAAGCAGCUGCACUAGCAGACAGAUACGGAUUAAUUGUGGGACUUCCUGCUGCUACUGCUGCUUUACUAAACAAACAGAUGCAGUAUCGUUGUUCUCAUGGAAUAGAAUAUUGUUGGACUUACAUGAGAGCUGACCCUGAAGGUCUUCAUGAGAUCCAGAGGCUGUCUGGAGCUGGAAAAUUACAGAUACCCGUGGAGAAGACGUUUCCUAUCAGUCAAGUAAAAGCAGCUCAUGAGGCCAAGGAGAAAAGACUGGUGCCUGGCAAGGUGGUUCUAGAGUUCGACUAGCGUUAACAGGAUUUUGCCCGACAGACACAGAAGGACUGAACGUAUCUUAAUUGUAUGAAGUUUUUUUGUUCUUUGAAAUUUAAGCCGCUUUGAUGCUCUAAAUUUUCUUGUUCUCUAGAUCCAGGUCAUCAUAUCAGAAUUUAGUGUAAAUGCAGUAAAUAAUGAUGUGCAAUACGGAAAGACUUGUUUCAAAGUA